AUUCAAGUUGUAACAUGCAAACAGACACCACCCUUUUACCCACUUGCAAGAACAUGACUCUUCUAACAGUAUUGCAAUGUAUCCUGCCUUAAUACCAAACAAGGCUUCACAACUGCUCAAGACUACAAUUUAGAGGCCUUGAUGGACGGAGCACAGAAGGAAGAAAAUACGUUUCAAAUCAUUGUGCUGGGGGACUCUAAUGUGGGAAAAUCCUGUUUGCUUCAUCGUUACAUGGAAAAUGAGUAUAAGUGUCCAGGCUUGACGUUAUGUGUAGAGUCUUUUGCCCAUUCAUUGGAAAUUGAGCCAGGUGUACAUGUAAAACUGAGUAUAUGGGACACAGGUGGAUUGGAGAUAUUCAGGCCACUGAUUCGCUGCCAUUACCAUGAUUCUGUGGGAGGACUGCUGGUGUUUGAUAUAACGGACAGAGUCACAUUUGAGCACAUAAAAGAGUGGCACGCUGACUUGUGCGAAGCUGAGAGCAAAGUCGUAUUAAUACUGGUGGGCCAAAAGUGUGACGAAGAGGAGCUCAGAGGAGUGAGUCGAGAGGAGGCGGAGAGGCUGGCUGAAGAGCUGGACAUGCCCUAUGUGGAGACCUCUGCCAAAACUGGACAAAAUGUCAGUGAGGUAUUUGAGAACCUAAUUCAGCGCAUUUAUCAGAAGCUACAUAGUCAUGAUGUUCUACACAAGUGUAUGGGCCUAGAUUGCACAUUUUGUUGA